AUGCCUUCUAAGAAAGCUAAAUGUGUUUCUAGGAGACCUAGAUUAACAAAUAAUCAAAUAACAUCUGCCUCAUCUUCAAGUAAGCAGCAACAAUCAGUCGACAUAAAGUCAGAAAGUCGAGAAGCAAAUGAUGAGGAUGAUUUAUGUGAUUCAACACAGUUGUCAGUUGAAUUCUCUAAAGAAAGCACUAAAAAAAGUUCUGAAGAGAGUUCAACCGAAUUAGACUAUAGCUAUCAUGAAGGAAAAGAAAAUAAAAAAAAAAAG